AUGGCGAUAGCAAAGGCAACGAAGACCAAGGCCUACUUCAAGAGAUACCAAGUCAAAUACCGCAGAAGGAGAGCGGGGAAGACUGACUACCGCGCGCGCCUGCGCCUGGUGACCCAGGACAAGAACAAGUACAACACCCCCAAGUACCGCUUCGUUGUCCGCUUCACGCGCAAGGACAUCAUCACGCAGGUCACCUAUGCCACCAUGGCGGGAGACGUCGUCGUGUGCGCCGCCUACGCGCACGAGCUGCCCCGCUACGGUCUCAAGGCCGGCCUCACCAACUACGCCGCUGCGUACUGCACGGGGCUGCUGUGCGCGCGCAGGAUGUUGCAGAAGUUCGGCAUGGACAAGGAGUACGAGGGCAGCACCGAGGUGACGGGCGAGGACUACAACGUGGAGCAGGGCGAGGGCCGUGCCCCCUUCAAGGCGCUGCUGGACGUGGGCCUCGUGCGCACCACCACGGGCAACCGCGUCUUCGGCGCCCUCAAGGGAGCUUGCGACGGCGGCAUGGAGAUCCCGCACAGCGACAAGCGCUUCCCCGGGUUCAUGAACGACGGCAAGGGCGGGUCUGCCAGCCUGGACGCCGAGGUGCACCGCAAGUACAUCUUCGGCGGACACGUCGGCGAGUACAUGGAGAUGCUGGAGGAGGAGGAGCCGGAGAAGUACCAGUCGCACUUCGCCAAGUUCCUGGGCGAGGGAGUGGACGCGAGUGGGCUGGAGGAGAUGUACAAGGGCGUGCACGCGGCCAUCCGUGCUGACCCCGCCGCCAAGCUCACCGAGAAGAAGCUGCCUGCUGAGAAGCGCAGCUGGAAGAUGAAGAAGCUGACGUACGAGCAGAGGAAGGCCAACCUGGUGCCCAAGACGUUCACCGCGGACGACCUCACGCACGUGCUCGCCGAGGCGGGCACGGUCUGUGACGUCACCAUCGUCAAGGAUCGUGUCACUAAAGAGUCGCGCGGCUGCGCGUUCGUACUCUACUCGACGCGCGCGGAGGCGGACGCCGCCAUCGCGCUGUUCCACAACAUCCGCAAGCUGCCGGGGGCGAAGACUGCGAUGCAAGUGAAGUACGCCGACGGCCAGGAGCACAAAAUAGAGAACAAGCUAUUCGUGGGCAUGCUACCCAAGGCGGUGACAGCGGAGCAGCUGACAGCAGUGUUUUCGCAGUACGGCACCGUCAUUGACAUCAAUGUGCUCAAGCCUGCUCCUCACAUCACCCGAGGGUCGGCGUUUGUGAAGUUCCAGUCGUACGCGCAGGCGCAGGCCGCCAUUGACGCGCUCAACGGCAAGCACCGCCUCGAGGAGGGGGGGGUGCCAAUGGCGGUGAAGUGGGCGGACACGGACAAGGAGAAGAUGGCGCGCAAGGCGCACCGCAUGGGCCCGCCUGCACCCGCUGCUGCUGCGCUGGGCAUGGGGCCGUCGCCCCCCGGGCUCUACUCCUCGCCCCUCAUGGGGUCCGCGCCUGGCGCUGCCUUCUUCCUGCCGCCCUCCACUGCGCCGUCUCUGUACGGCUCUCCCAUGCAGCCCCAGCUGCAGCAGUACGGAGGCAUGGACUUGGCAUCACUGUACCAGCCACAACCACCCGCCAUGCCGCAACCGCAGCCACACGACAUGUAUGCCAUGCCGCCACCUGCUACCCAACACUACCACACGGAUGGCGCAGCAGCAGCAAUGGCAGGUGGAGGAGGAGGAGGAGGAGGCGGAGGGGGCAUUGGGGGGCCAGUGGGGGGCUAUCAGCUGGGUGCGGUGCCUUCAGCGACGGCCGUGGCGGCUGCUGUGAGGCAGGCGCUGGCUCAGAAGGAAGGUCCCCCCGGAGCCAACAUAUUCGUGUACAACAUCCCUCCGGAGUGGCGGGACCACGACCUCACCACGGCGUUUGUGGAGUUUGGCAACGUGCUGUCGGCGCGCGUCUUCAUCGACAAGAACACGGGCCUCAGCAAGAACUUUGGGUUUGUGAGCUACGAUGCGGCGGAGGCAGCGCAGGCGGCGAUAGCGGUGAUGGACGGGUUCCUGGUGGGGGGGCGCCACCUCAAGGUCUCCGUCAAGAAGGGCCAGCAGGCUUCUGCGCCCGGCCACGCCUCCGCUCCCUACUGA